AUGCCUCCCAGUCAAGCAGUGCCCUUGCGGUUCCUCCUGCUCUCGGUGUGCCUGUUUCUUUGUGCCUUACCUGAGGUUCUCGCAGGCAUCAUUCAUGGCGUACACUUCUCUGACUCCAAGCCCGAACUCCUGACACGUCAAGAGGACCGCGGGAAUGACACUGUUGCCCCUCUCCUCGCUGGUGCUACACCAGCCGAUAUAGAAAAUGCUCGUAAGAUUGUCAAAGCGGCCAUCGAGGAGUCCUCGAAGCGGAACAAAGCUCGCUUAGACAAACCGGCCCGGAACAUCUACAAGCUAGCACCAAAAACCUCUGUUGGAGGGAGUAGCUCACGCGUCAAGCGUGAUGCCGAGGACGAGCCGGUACCAGCUCUUCUCACUAUCACUCCCGAGAUCGCGGCCGCUGCUGCUUUAGUUGCCGAGGCCGAUGCAAAAGCAAAUGCUACCGGUGGGCAGAACGUUUUACAGAAGCGCGGAACGUUCUGGAUGGAACAUAUCGAGCGAAAAGGUGCAUAUCCCUCAGACUGGGGUGGGUCCAGCGGUUACAAAGUGUUUCGCAAUGUCAAGUCUGCGCCGUACAAUGCCAAGGGUGAUGGUGUGACUGAUGAUACCGAGGCAAUCCGUAAGGCUAUCAUGGAAGGCGAUCGCUGUGCCGAAAAGUGCAAUGGUGCAACCAAUAAGAACGCCAUUGUGUACUUUCCGCCCGGCAGGUAUCUCGUGUCAAGCACCAUCCAGGUUAUCUUCGGGACGCAGUUGAUCGGAGACAAGAACGACAGGCCUCAGAUCAUCGCGUCCGCGGGCUUCGUUGGCCUUGGUGUGCUAUCGACAAACGAGUACGUGCCAGAUGGAGGAACUGGACCAGACGGGAAUGCCAAACAGUGGUACAUCAAUACCGGCCGAUUUUACAGCCAGAUCCGCAACUUUGUCAUUGAUAUCACGCGGACCGACCCGAACGCAUACGUGUGCGCCAUCCACUACCAGGUUGCCCAAGCCACCAGCCUUCAGGAUGUAGAGCUUGUCGCCAAAACAGGCACAACUCAACAGGGAAUGUUCUCAGAAAAUGGAAGCGGAGGUGUUAUGUCAGACGUGACAUUCCGUGGAGGCAACUUUGGCUUUUACGGUGGCAACCAGCAGUUCACGGCCCAGAGGAUGACAUUCAUUGGCUGUAAGACGGCCGUCCAGAUUAUUUGGGAUUGGGGAUGGAUCUGGAAAUCAGUUAAAGUGUCAGGAGGUGAAGUGGGUUUCCGCCUGCUCGGCGAAGGAGGUCAAGGCACAAUCGGCUCUGUCGCCUUCGUAGACUCGACCUUUGAAAAUGUGGGCCAAGCCAUUGUCAUCGGGGGCGUCGAGAGCAAGCCUGGCUCAGGCACAACUGGCCUGAUCAUAGAGAACUGCGCAUUCAGCGGGGUUACUAACCGCGUCGUGACGUCCUCCAAUACGGCCGUGCUCUCGGGCUCUGGCUCCGUCACCCAUUGGGUCCUGGGACCAACAUACAGCAAGGGCGAGAGAUCCUGGGCCAAUGGGGUGACUUCUCUCUCCAAAUCUCGUGAGGCAUCCCUCGUGUCUUCGGGCAGUGGCGGUCUCCCCGUGAGCCCCUAUUUCGAGCGCAAGAGGCCUCAGUACGAGGACAGAGAUGCAAGUGCGUUCAUUCAUGUGAAGGACUAUGGUGCUAAAGGCGAUGGCAGCUCUGAUGACACAGCAGCUGUGCAGCGAGCGUUUGAUGCUGCCGCAGAUGGAAGCAAGAUUCUCUUUGUGGACAAUGGCGUAUACAUCCUCACCGGAACUGUUACCAUACCGAAAAACGCGAAGGUAGUUGGCGAAUGUUGGGCCUCGUUCGUGGCUCGCGGCAGCUAUUUCUCGGACGCGGACGAUCCAAAGGUAGUCCUACGCGUCGGAAAGGACGGCGAUAUUGGCAAUGUCGAGCUUCAGGACUUCAUCGUGCUCACCAAGGGUGGUACCGCUGGCGCAAUCCUCAUUGAGUGGAAUGUGCAGGCCGAGCGCCAGGGUUCGGCAGCACUUUGGGACGUACACGCACGAGUCGGCGGUGCAACUGGCACCGACCAAAACCCUUCCGACUGCCCGCCCAUCACCGGCGGAACAAAUCCUGCCAAAUGCCAAGCUGCUCACAUGCUGAUGCACAUAACCCCAAAGGCGUCGGGAUUGUUCGACAACAUGUGGCUUUGGAUCGCCGAUCACCUCAUUGAUGACCCUCUUCGCGAUGAUGACAGCAAUAAUAUGGACCAGCUGUCCAUCUAUGUCUCCCGUGGUCUUCUCAUAGAGAGCAAGCGACCAGUAUGGCUGUAUGGAACUGCAUCGGAGCACGCCGUCAUGUACCAAUACAACUUCUACAAAGCCAAGAAUGUCUAUGCGGGCAUGCUGCAGACAGAGCCCCCAUACUUCCAGCCAACACCCAAGGCACCAGCCCCUUUCAAGGCGGGCAAGUACCCCAGCGAUCCGGACUAUUCCUGCAAAGGAGGAGACUUCGACGGAUGCGAUACUGCCUGGGCCGUCGUCAUCACCGGGUCGGAGAACAUCAUGAUCGGAGCGGCCGGUACAUAUAGCUGGUUCUCCACCUACACACAGGACUGCAUCGACCAGCACUCGUGCCAGAAGGCCCUCUGGUUCAUGAAGGACAACUACGAUAAUGUGCGGAUCCAGCACUUGAUUACCAUAGGCGCAAAGUACUCGCUCGUUUCCGACGGUAAAGGCGUUCUCUCCACGGAUAAUCUGGCAACGACUGGCCACCCCCAGUGGAGCCACAUCUCAGUCUUUGACGCAGCAUCACUAGGUUCUCAGCCCGAUGAGAACUUUUGCGAUCCUGCAGACAAUACGUUUCAGAAGCCUUCGGGACCACCGCAAGGAGAAUCGUAUCCCAGUCCAGGUUUCACCAUUAAAGAUUGGGAUGAUGCUGUCGACUCGUCCAAGAUCUAUGUGACUAUCGUCAACCUCACGCCGUACACGUUCAAGUUAGAUCGGACCGAAUUUUGCCAGAUGGACAGAAUGGACUUUGGCGACGUCCCUCCGGGCCAUGUGCGCCAGAAUGUCAUGGACUACUUUGGCGCCAAGGGCGGCACGAACCCGGUUGACGACAACGGCGAGGCGUACUAUCACAUCGAAGAGACUGGCAAGAAAUUUGUCAUCAUGGCACGAACUCACAUCCCCGACUCCCCGUCGGUGCUGCGUCCCAGAAUCGACAUGGGUGGGCUCGGUGUUGGUUUGAGAGAAUUCAAGGGGCGAGGAGGCCAAAGAGCGGUCAAUCUAGUCAUCACAGGCAGCGAUGACUACGGCACCUACUACACGUCGAUGUAUUCGCCACCUAUUGGAUGGAUGCAGGAGAUCAAAGACGUGAUCGGGCCCCGGACCCUCAAUCAUGUGGUCAUGCCAGGUACUCACGAUGCCGGAAUGAGUGUCAUUGGCAAGUACGCGUGGCUUGGUGACAAGAUGAACACUCAGACACAAGCACAUAAUCUCUAUGACCAGCUUCGUCUAGGCUCCCGCUGGAUCGACCUUCGCAUAAUCAACUGUCCCUUUGACCCCUCGGCCGGCGAUUACAACUUCCACACGGCACACACUUGUUGGCCGUGCGACUUUCACGUUGGUGCUACUGGCAUUACGGGGACUGAAGUGGUUGAAAUGGUGAACAAAUUCACUGACGAAUAUCCUGGCGAGGUCAUCGUCCUCUGGACUCGGUACAUGUACUCAAUUGAUGAAGACCCCAAGAGCGGGGGUGAGACAAACGAGAUCCGCGAAUUCAACGAGGCCGAGAUGAAGGCAUUCUACGACUUGCUCAAAGGCAUCAAGCGACGGUGCUCUGAGGAUUCUCUCAAGGUCAACGGCAAGAAAGUCAAAUUCAACCAGAUGAAGAUGGAGGACAUCAUGAAGCAGAACAACGGCGAAGGCUGCGUGCUCAUCAUGCUCGAUCCAGAUGACGUGCAUGGCUCAAGGGCACAAGGCUCAUUGCCGUCUGAAGGUAUCUUCAAGGGUACAGACUUCAUGGACAGAUGGGAUAUGUGGCCCUUCUCGUCAGACCGCAAGACAAUCAUCGAAAAGAACGUGAACGCCUGGUCCGACCUCCGCAAAAUUGGAGACGAUUUCCUGAUCGGGCAAUGGAUCGGGACGUACGACACCACCAUGCUCACGUACCUAGGCCUCCAGGAGCUCGCGCUUCGCAACUUGUACGAUUUCCUGUUCUGGCAGGGCGCUGCCCAGAUGAACCCAGACAGCUUCCCCAACGUCAUCCUGCUGGACUAUCUCGGCGUCGUCAUUUCGGGCGAAUGGGACUGGGACCAGGCGGAUCACGAGGUCAGAGCCCUGAUCUUGGGUCUCAACCUCUACAUGGUCAGCGAGAACUGCGAUAUUUCCAUGGUCCGCGCGCCCCUUCGCCACCCCAAGGCGAAUGCACGAGAGGUCCGGGAGAGUCUGCUGGUCAACGACACGGUACGCGUCGAUCCAAAGUCGUUUUCGACGAUGAAAUUGGAGCCUAUUCAUGAGGCGCUCGCGAAACGACAACAGAAUAACUGCCCUUAG